CUUUGUCCCCUUAGCGGUGAAGGUGCAACAGUAAUCGGUCGUCCCGAAUCUGGGUUCAUCCGACACCAUCACCAACCAAGCUGAACAGAGCACUACUACCAGAUCAGCAUCAUGCCUCCCAAAUUCGACCCCAGCGAAAUUAAAGUUGGUAUGUGUAAAGUCUCUGAUAUAAACUGUUUCAGAGUCAAGAUGGAGCCAAUGUCCGUCCGGUUCGGCUCUGUCUCCUCGUCUAUGAGGUGGACACAGAAAAUGUGUACAUGAGAUGUACUGGUGGAGAAGUUGGUGCCACCUCAGCACUUGCUCCCAAAAUUGGACCUCUGGGUCUGUCUCCCAAGAAAGUUGGUGAUGACAUCGCCAAGGCCACUGGAGACUGGAAGGGCCUCAGAAUCACCGUGAAGCUGACCAUCCAGAACAGACAGGCUGUGGUUGAGGUUGUUCCCUCUGCAUCUGCCCUGAUCAUCAAGGCUCUUAAGGAGCCCCCACGUGACCGGAAGAAGGUCAAGAACAUCAAGCACAGUGGGGCCGUGACGUUUGAUGAGAUCGUUGGUAUCGCUCGUGUUAUGAGGCAUCGCUCUAUUGCCAGGGAACUCUCUGGAACCAUCAAGGAAAUCCUGGGUACCUCUCAGUCAGUAGGCUGCACCAUCGAUGGACGGCUCCCCCAUGAUGUCAUUGAUGACAUCAACAGUGGAAAGAUUGAAUGCCCAGCAGAGUGAUGCUUGACAAUAAAAUUGACUAAAUUUAA